AUGUCCUCCAGCAAUGCCGUACACUACGACCGCUGGUUUCAAUCGGCUGACUCGGAUCGCGAUGGCCGAGUUACGGGCGGGGAUGCUGUGGCGUUCUUUGGCCGCUCAGGGCUGCCCAGAGAGGUCCUGGCCACCGUGUGGGAGCUGGCGAAUGACAGGCGGCUGGGGUACCUGGACCGAAUGGCCUUCCACAAGGCCAUGGACCUGAUCUCCCUAGCGCAGUCGGGUCAGCCGGUCACCAAGGAUGGCUACCUGGCCCAGAUAGACGCCGGCGGAUUCCGACUGCCCACGAUGGCAGGGCUAAGCGACGCUGACGGCAAGCCCAUUGAUGCCGCGCCGGCGGCGCCGGUGGGGGGCGCCAUAUACGGCAGCAAGCCCGUGCCCAUGAAGGUGUGCACCUCCGUCAUUGAUGGCCUCAAGCAGAUAUACUUCACCAAGGUGCGGCCGCUUGAGGAGCAGUUCAAGUUCGGUCACUUCUUCUCCCCGCUGCUGAACGAGUCGGACUUUGAGGCCAAGCCCUCGGUGCUGCUGCUGGGCCAGUACUCGACGGGCAAGACCACCUUCAUCAAGUAUCUUCUGGGCCGGGACUACCCGGGCACUCACAUAGGACCGGAACCCACCACCGACCGAUUUGUGGUGGUGAGCAGGGGGGCGGGGGGGGCGCCCCCACCCCCCCCCGCGCAUGUGUGGGUAGGGCUGGGACAGCACCACACCCCGGGCCCACCUCCACCACGUAACACCCCAUACACACACGCACGCACACGCGCGCGGACACGUCCCCCAGGUGUUCUUUCCGGUGAGAAGCAGCGCAUCGAGCGCGCGUACAACUUUGUGGAGAUUUGCGAGUGGUUCGCUGCCCGCUGCGACCUGAUCUUCCUGCUGUUCGAUCCGUACAAACUGGACAUCAGCGACGAGUUCAAGAGCGUGAUCAACUGCCUGCGGGGCCAUGACGACAAGGUGCGGGUCAUCCUGAACAAGGCGGAUCAGGUUGACCAGCAGCAGCUCAUGCGGGUGUACGGCGCCCUCAUGUGGAGUCUGGGGAAGGUGUUUCGGAGCCCGGAGGUGUGCAAGGUGUACGUGGGGUCGUUCAACAGCGACGCUCCCAUCAACGAGCGGAUCAACCCGUACGGCAAACCCCUGUUCGAGGCCGAACAGAAGCAGCUGCUGGCGGAUCUGUACGAGAUCCCCCAGAGGUCCACAGACCGAAAGAUCAACGAGUUCGUGAAGCGAGUGCGCGCAGCCAAGAUCCAUAUCCUGCUCAUUGGGCACCUCCGCAAGCAGAUGCCGUCCAUGUUCGGAAAGGAGAAGGCGCAGAAGAAGCUUCUAGACGACAUCAUUGCCAACUUUGAGGAGGUGUGGGGCGGGGAGAAGUGGAAGGGGGCAGGGGUGGUUGAAGACCGCCGUCGCUUCCCGUUUGUGGAGGGGACGUAA